AUGUCGAACCUCCCCAAGCAGAUGAAGGCUCUCCGAUACGAGAAGCCUGAGGAUUGGUCAAUUGUCCAGGUUCCUCUCCCAGAGCUCCGCGAGAAUGACGUUCUGGUCAAGCACAUCCACGAGGGCGAGUUCAUCGCCAAGUUCCCCUUGAUCCCUGGCCACGAGACCGUCGGUGUUGUCGCCGCUGUUGGACCCAAAGUCAAGGACUUCAAGGUUGGCGACCGCGUCGCUGCCGACAAUUCCGAGCUCUGCAAUGAGUGCUUCUACUGCCGCCGCGGAGAGCUGCUGCUCUGCGAGAAGUUCGAGGCCCACGGCGUCACCAUGAACGGUGGCUUCGCCGAAUACUGCGCAUACCCCGCCGGCAAAGUCUUCAAGAUUCACAACCUCAACGAUGUCGAUGCCACCCUCCUCGAGCCCGCUUCCUGCGCCUGCCAUGGCCUGGACAAGAUCCGCCCCCGCCUGGGAUCCAGCGUUCUGAUGUUCGGCGCCGGCCCCACCGGUCUUAUGCUUGCCCAGCUCAUGCGCCACAACGGUGGCUGCAACGUCACCAUCGCCGCUCCCCAGGGUCUCAAGAUGGACCUUGCCAAGAGCCUCGACGCCGCCGACCACUACAUUGAGCUCUCCCGCAAGGAGCCUGAGGCACAGUUCGCCCAGCUCAAGAAGGACCACCCGUACGGCUUUGACGUCGUCGUUGAGGCCACUGGUUCCGUCAAGAUUCUCGAGGACGCUAUCAACUACGUCCGUCGCGGCGGCAAGCUCGUCGUCUACGGUGUCUACUCCGACUCCGCCCGUGUCUCUUGGCCCCCUUCCAAGAUCUUCGGCGACGAGAUCACCAUUCUCGGAUCCUUCUCCGAAACCUACAUGUUCCCCGCCACCAUCGACUACCUCGACUCCGGCAAGGUCCGCACCAAGGGCAUCGUCAACAAGACCUUCAAGCUCGAGCAGUUCGGCGAGGCUCUCGAGUCUAUCCGCAACAAGAGCGCCAUCAAGGCUGCUAUCGUCUUCGACGAUGCCACCGGAGUGUAA